AUGCUGGCCUUGCUCGUCCUCUCUGUCUCACUCCUCCUCGACGCUGUUCGGGCCGCUGUUCCGCUGUCGUUGAACCCCCCGCCGAAUGCCGGUCCUCCCGUCCUGGCCUCCUUUGUCUCCUUCUCCAUCGAGUUCGCCUCGUUCCCCGACUUUGCCGGCAAUUCCAGCCGUCCGAACAACUUCUCGUACCACCUCCUGAGCAAUCUGGGCCGGCUCCAAGGCUCCCAUCCCAUCAUCAGGGUCGGUGGAAAUACUCAGGACUAUGCCACCUUCAACGCAUCGCAGGAGGUCGCCCUGGUCGGAAGCUAUGAUUUUGCCCGCUCCAGAGACUAUCCGACCACCAUCUCCAUCGGGCCGGCCUACUUCGAGUCGUACUCGACCUGGCCCAACAUGACCUACAUCCACGGGUUCAAUCUCGGCACGAACGGCUCGCUCGGGCACGACACCCUUGUAGGCACGGUGCCAUUGGCGUGCGAGGCCUUGAGUGACGGUCGGCUCGCGUACUGGCAGCUGGGCAACGAGCCCGACCUGUACAAGACCAGCGCCCAAGGUCCCGUGCGACCGCCGUCGUGGAACGAAACCGACUAUGUGCAGGAAUGGCUCAACAAGACCCGCACUGUCAGGCAGCUCGUGCAGGAGCACUGUCCGGACGUCAUCUCCCAGGGCCAAUUUCAAUUCUACGCGCCCAGCUUCGCCGGGACCGCAAACAAUCUCGACCUCGUGACCACGUGGGUCGCGGGGCUCGAUGCGGACGUCGACAUUGCCUUCAUUGACAGCCACAAUUACAUCGGUGGCGCCACCCAGCCCGGGGUGACUCUGCAAGGGACGUUGAUGAAUCACACGUCGACGGUGCAGUCGGUGGUCAAACACGUCAACGAGUCCAGCCUGCUCGCCGACACGGGAAUUCCGUAUAUCCUCGGCGAGGCGAACAGUCUGUACAACGAGGGCGCUCCCGGCUUGUCCAACUCGUUCGGCGCCGCGCUGUGGGGGGCCGACUUCAACCUGUACUGCGCCGCGACGGGCAUUCGCCGCGUGCACAUGCACCAAGGCAUCAACUACAGAUACGCCUCAUGGCAGCCAGUGCAGACGGUCAACGAGACAUGGGGUACCAAGGCGCCAUACUACGGCAAUGUCAUGGUCGCGACGUUCCUGGGCGACCUGACCCAAGGCAACGUGAGCAUCAGUGACAUUGAGCUUGACGGCGACAGUGUCUACCAGUCCGCCUAUGGGGCGUAUGUGGAUGGCCGGCUGGAGAGAGUCGCGGUCAUCCAGAUGCACGCGUACAACUACACCGUGACAGCGCCAGCUGAUGCCACCGCGACCGCGACUGCGACCGCGUCCCCGCGGCCCAACGAAACCUUCAGCUUCCAGCUACCCACCAAGACCGCUCAAGGUCAAGCGGCGUCCAUCAAGACGGUGCAGGUGCAGCGGCUCACGGCGAACGGCAGCGACGCCAUCACCGGCAUCACGUUCGACGGGUACUCAUACAACUACGAGCUCGACGGCGGCCGGCCAGUGCUGUUGAGGAACGUCACGAGGGGCGAAGUGCUGCAAGUCUCGGCGGAUGGGAUGGUCGCGGUCGAGGUACCGUGGUCGAGUGCGGCCAUUUUGAAUCUGCAGUGGUAG